CGGACGCGUGUUGCCUGUUAGCAUCCAGCACAUACAGAGGGUGCGCGCGCGAGUGGGUCAGUUCAAUGUUUGCCAAUUGGACAUAGCCGAAAGAUUUUUUUCAUUUAAUUUAACGAAAAAAAAAAAAACAAAAAAAAAUAAUUUUUGCUUGCUUGCUUAUAUUUGAUGAGUGCGUCAGUGAUUUCGUGGUCAGUUGAUUAUUUGUUUAUCUCAACGAAACGAUCCAAAACCAAAAUGGAAAUCAUCAUGCUAGCGGGCUAAAAUGUGUGGAGUAUCCAUCUAGUAGCAUCAUUUAAUACACCUGCCAAUUAAAGCUGAAUAUUUAAAGACACCUUUGCAUGUUUAGUACGUGAGAACAACAACAAGCAUUGUGCAACAGAAAUUUUCAAGCAACUACAUCCGACUUGGUGAAACGGAAUUGCUGUUGUGACGAAGCGACGCUUAAGCAUACAUAUGUAUGUACAUACAUGCACAAAUUUGAAAUUGUGUUAAAGUAAACAACUCUGCCUGUUAAAAACAACAACAACAACAACUAGUACUAUCAUUUCAACAAUUACUAUUACUACUACUUCUACAACUAGUUCUAUAUUGCUGUUGCAUACAUCUACACUCAUUCUUCGAUUCAUCUUCGUUUUCGGCUUCGUCUUGCUUAUACACACACACACACACACACACACUCACAUACACAUACCCAUGCAUGUAUAAACAAUAGUAAACUUUUACAAUUCAUAUGUGAUAUAUAAAAGAGCGGUGGAGAAGAAGAAGAAGAAGAAGACAAAGUGGAAACAAAUACAAGCAAUCGAACAGGAUCUACACACAUCCAAACAUACAAGCACACAUUCGAGCAGAGUAAUUUCCAUUUACACCCAAGACAGAGUGGGCACAUAGCAUAGUGUCACUAACAGCUUCUGACCACCGGCACGCCUACUUUCAACAUUCAACAUCCAACACAAUGGGUGACAAUAUAAUUGGUUCGGCGAGUUUCCUGCAUUUGGGUGAUAUCGUGUCGCUGUAUGCGGAGGGCAGUGUUUGCGGCUUCCUCAGCACACUCGGUCUUGUGGAUGAUCGAACUGUGGUGUGCCCGGAGGCGGGUGAUUUGAAUUACCCGCCAAAGAAGUUCAGAGAUUGUCUUAUAAAGGUUUGUCCAAUGAAUCGGUAUUCCGCACAAAAGCAAUUCUGGAAAGCCGCCAAACAGUCUGCCAGUUCCAAUACAGAUACAAAUCUUUUGAAACGUUUGCAUCACGCAGCCGAAAUCGAGAAAAAACAAAAUGACACUGAAAAUAAGAAACUAUUGGGUACCGUUGUACAAUAUGGCAGUGUCGUGCAGUUACUUCAUCUCAAGUCCAACAAAUAUCUGACAAUGAACAAGCGCCUGCCCUCGCUGCUGGAAAAGAAUGCAAUGCGCGUCUACCUGGACGCUAACGGCAAUGAGGGCUCAUGGUUCUACAUCAUGCCCUUCUACAAACUGCGCUCCGCGGGCGAUAACGUCGUGGUCGGCGACAAAGUCAUAUUGAACCCAGUUAAUGCAGAGCAACAAAAUCUGCAUGUAGCCGCCAACUAUGAGCUACCAGACAAUCCCGGCUGUAAGGAGGUGAAUGUGCUCAACUCUUCGACCUCAUGGAAAAUCACACUCUUCAUGGAGCAUAAGGAAAAUCAGGAACACAUUCUCAAGGGCGGCGAUGUUGUGCGUCUCUUUCACGCCGAGCAGGAAAAAUUCCUCACAAUGGAUGAGUAUAAAAAGCAUCAACAUGUCUUUUUGCGUACCACCGGACGUACAAGUGCAACGGCGGCCACAAGCAGCAAAGCAUUGUGGGAGGUUGAAGUUGUGCAACAUGACUCGUGCCGUGGCGGUGCCGGACACUGGAAUUCAUUGUAUCGCUUUAAACACUUGGCCACUGGUUAUUAUUUAGCUGCCGAGCUGGAAUCGGUGGGCAAUACAACAUUGAUUCACACAGUGGAUGGCAAUGGACUCGAUACGUCGCUCAAAGAGUCAGAGAAGAGCAAAUGUGAACGAUAUCGCUUGGUGCCGGUUCCAUACUCCACAGAAAUAGCAUCGGUAUUCGAACUGGACCCCACAACGAUGGCGCGUGCAGACAGCCUUGUGCCACAGUCGAGCUAUGUGCGUUUGCGGCAUUUGUGCUCGAACACCUGGGUGCAUGCCACCUCCAUACCCAUCGACAUAGACGAUGACAAGCCGGUGAUGUCAAAGGUUUGCUGCUCUCCCAUUAAAGAGGAUAAAGAGGCUUUUGCACUCAUACCGGUGUCGCCGGUGGAGGUGCGUGACUUGGAUUUCGCAAAUGAUGCUUGUAAAGUGUUGGAUACCGUUACGAACAAGCUGGUCGAUGGCAGCAUUUCCAUAAACGAGCGCCGCUCGCUGAUAGCACUUCUGCAGGAUAUUGUCUUCUUCAUAGCGGGCAUGGAAAAUGAGCAAAAUAAGACAAAGGCAUUGGAAUUGACAAUUAAGAAUCCCAUACGGGAUCGUCAAAAGUUGCUACGCGAACAAUAUAUCCUAAAGCAGUUGUUUAAAAUACUACAAGGUCCAUUCCAGGAGCACCCCAGUGGCGAAGCACCAUUUCUACGCUUGGAUGAGCUGAGCGAUCCGAAGAAUAGUCCCUACAAAAAUAUCUUUCGAUUAUGCUACCGUAUACUGCGCUUGUCGCAGCAAGACUACCGUAAGAAUCAGGAGUACAUUGCCAAGCACUUUGGUCUCAUGCAAAAACAAAUCGGCUAUGACAUACUCGCUGAGGACACCAUCACCGCACUGUUGCAUAACAAUCGCAAACUGCUGGAGAAGCACAUAACAGCCGCUGAGAUCGAGACAUUUGUGGGCCUAGUACGCAAGAAUAUGCAAAAUUGGGACUCACGAUUUCUCGACUAUCUCUCUGAUUUAUGUGUUUCGAAUCGGAAGGCGAUUGCUGUGACUCAGGAGCUGAUCUGCAAAAGUGUGCUGAGUUCAAAGAAUUCGGACAUACUUAUAGAGACCCAGAUCAAACAUUUCAAGGCGCCUGUAAGUGAUGGCUACCGCAGUGCUGGCGACGAUUCAUAUCCCUUAAGUACGCUAACAGAGGUGUUGGACGAUGAGGAAAAAUCCGAUUUGAUUUCAAAUUCAACAACAACGACCAGCUGGGACACAACAAGCCUAAAUGACGCGCCAGAGUUAGAGGAGAAAUAUGAAAUACAUCUCAAAUGGCGCGGACAACCAAAUUCACGCUCGAUGGGCGAUUUGGCCGAUUGUGCUGCUCAAGGCAAGGAGGAGGAGUCGGCCAUACUAAAUUAUUAUCGCCAUCAAUUAAAUCUGUUUUCGAACAUGUGUUUGAAUCGUCAAUAUUUGGCAUUGAAUAUCUUAUCGCCUCAUCUGGACAUCGAUUUGAUACUCAAAUGCAUGUCCGAUGAGACAAUGCCAUAUGAGUUGCGUGCCUCGUUCUGUCGUCUCAUGCUACAUUUGCAUGUCGAUCGUGAUCCGCAAGAGCCAGUGACGCCGGUAAAGUAUGCGCGCCUUUGGAGUGAAAUACCUUCGAAAAUGUCCAUUUUGGAUUAUGAUGGCAAAAACCAACAACCCGAUCAAAAUAAAGAAGCCGUACGCGCCAAAUUCAAUACCACCAUCGCUUUUGUCGAGAAUUAUCUUUGUAAUGUGGCCACUAAAGUAUGGCUUUUUACCGAUCAGGAGCAAAAUAAAUUAACUUUUGAGGUUGUAAAACUUGCACGCGAUCUUAUCUACUUCGGCUUCUAUAGCUUUAGUGAUUUGCUGCGUUUAACCAAAACUCUACUCUGCAUUUUGGAUUGUGUGUCGGAAACUGGUAUAGAUGGCGCACCACCGGGACGCUUCGUGAACACAGAUAUUGAUUCCGCUCCAGAAGAAAAACCUGCUGAGGGAGGCGUACUCCGUUCGAUUGGCGACAUGAACACUGUUAUGACUUCAUUGGCACUCGGCUCCGUUGGACAGGCGAUCGCAUCGCCAGCCUCCCUAGCGUUGCAACAUCGCAAGUCUGUUUCCCAAAUGCUGAAAGAGUAUCCACUGGUCAUGGAUACGAAAUUAAAGAUAAUUGAGAUUCUACAAUUCAUACUGGAUGUACGUUUGGAUUAUAGAAUCAGUUGCCUCCUAUCGAUAUUCAAGCGCGAAUUUGAUGAGACCGAAUUAAGCGCUGCUGCAGCCGCGGCAGCUGCAGCAACUGCAGCAGCCAACACAGCUGCCACCGCUGAGGGAUCACCAGGUGAUGGCAACAUUGGCAGUAGUGAGGCGAGCAACAAUAAUGCAGCGCUAAUGGAGGCUGCAGCCGCAGCUGCUGCUGCGUUGAGUACACGUCAGAAGAAUAUCGAUUUGGAGUCAAUUGGUGUGCAGGCAGAGGACAUUUUCGAUUGCGACAGUGGCGAUGCGGCGAAUUUGGAUUUAGAUGGACAGGGCGGCCGUACUUUUUUGCGGGUGCUGCUGCAUCUCAUUAUGCACGACUAUCCGCCACUGGUGUCCGGCGCAUUGCAUUUGCUUUUUAGACACUUCAGUCAACGUCAGGAGGUAUUGCAAGCUUUUCGACAGGUACAAUUACUAGUGUCCGACAGUGACGUAGAGUCCUAUAAACAAAUCAAGUCCGACUUGGAUAUUUUGCGUCAGAGCGUCGAGAAGUCCGAGCUGUGGGUCUACAAGCCGAAAACCACUGAUGAGUUCAAUGCAAGUAAGUGCGCACUGAAACCGUCGUUUUGUUUUGCUUCCAAAUUCAUUUUUAUUCCUCAUCCAGCCACUGAGCGCUCGUCUGACCCCGCCAUUGAUGUAUCCAAUCUAAGCAGUGAAUAUCGUGCUUCAUUAUCAAACGAACAGCUCAAUGAGUACAAAAAGGUUAAGGAAAUACUCAUACGCAUGAAUAAAUUCUGCGUCACCUCGGGUCCUGUCGUUAAGCCGCGCAAGCACGAGCAACGCCUUCUGCGCAAUGUUGGCGUUCAUACCGUUAUACUGGAUUUGCUUCAGAAUCCAUACGAUGAAAAGGAUGAUGUUCUGAUGAAGGAACUAAUGUGUUUGGCUCACGAGUUCUUGCAGAAUUUCUGUUUGGGAAAUCAGCAAAAUCAAGUGUUACUACAUAACCAGUUGGAUCUGUUUCUGAAUCCCGGCAUCUUGGAGGCCAAAACCGUCUGCGCUAUCUUCAAGGAUAAUCUCACGCUUUGCAAUGAGGUCACCGACAAGGUCGUGCAACAUUUUGUCCAUUGCAUUGAGAUACACGGUCGGCAUGUCGUGUACUUGCAAUUCCUUCAGACGAUUGUGAAAGCGGAAAACCAAUUCAUACGCAAAUGUCAGGAUAUGGUGAUGCAAGAGCUGAUUAACGCCGGUGAAGAUGUACUUGUCUUCUACAACGAUAAAACCUCUUUCAAUCAAUUCGUCUCAAUGAUGCAGAGUGAGAAGUCGCCACUAAGCGAUUCGAGUCCAUUACGAUAUCAUGUGGAGCUGGUGAAGCUGCUGGCCUGUUGUACUAUGGGCAAAAAUGUCUACACAGAAAUUAAGUGUAAUAAUUUGCUCUCACUUGACGAUAUAGUCACAAUUAUUUGCAAUCCCACCUGCAUGGCAGAGGUGAAGGAGGCUUAUGUGGAUUUUCUCAAUCAUUGUUACAUCGACACCGAGGUGGAGGUGAAGGAGAUUUAUUCGUCAAGUCACAUGUGGAAUUUGUUUGAGAAAUCAUUUCUCGUGGAUAUCAAUCAACUAAUUGCCGUUGGCGCCAACGCCGAUAAAACACUGCUGAAUUAUGUAUUGAGUGGUGUAACGAAUGUGUUGAAUACCUUCUUCUCCAGCCCCUUCUCCGAUCAGAGCACCAUCGUGCAAACGCGUCAGAUGAUUUUCGUUCAGAUACUGCAAGCCACCUAUCGCUUAACUCAGUGCAAGUGGCUGUCACUGGCCGAUCGCUUUAAUGUCGAGAACUGCGUUCGUACGUUGGCUGAGUCGGCGAAGACGCGUAAUAUUGCGAUACCGCUCGACUUGGAGCAACAGGUGGUGUCGAUGUCUAGCAAAACAGCCUUGCUAACACGUCAGACCACCAAAUGGCUAUUGGCCUCGAAGCAGCCAAAAUAUGAGACACAGCUCUCGGCAAAUUUAAUGCGUUUGGACCGAUCGAUCAUAGAGGGCUUGCAAGAUAUUGUGUCGCUGUUGGAAGAUCAACUGAAGCCGGUGGUGGAGGCGGAGUUGUCGCUACUGGUUGACAUUCUGUAUAGAUCGGAGUUACUCUUUCCGCCCGGCACGGAGGCGCGUAAGCGCUGUGAAAGCGGCGGCUUCAUUAGGAAGCUAAUCAAACAUACUGAGAAGCUGCUGGAGGAGAAGGAAGAAAAACUGUGUGUGAAGGUGUUGCGUACGUUACGUGAAAUGAUGGCAAUCGAUGUGAAUUACGGCGAGAAGGGGGAUGCUCUACGCAAUACAUUACUAAUGAGGUACUUUGAUCGGAAGGGGGGCGGUGGAAGUGGUGGAAUAAUGGGCGGUGUUGGCGGUGAUGACGUGAUUGGUGGCGUAGGAAAAAAGUCUGCCGAAGAAAAAGGUAAAACAGAAAUUACGGAUGCUGGCGUGCUCGAGCAGCAAAAACGUGCACAUCUUGUAACCCAUGGCCCUGGCGCUAAGUAUCUUCAGCGCGCUGGUAAAACUCUACAUGAAGUGCAAAAUCAUUUAGACCGUGAGGGCGCCUCCGAUUUGGUUAUUGAGCUUGUCAUCAAAUCCGUACAUUCGCCAUCCAUCUUCGUGGAGGCUGUUGAGUUGGGCAUAGCACUGCUUGAGGGCGGUAAUCCCAUCAUACAAAAAGGCAUGUACCAAAAGUUUCUUAGUGGUGACUUCAAUCAAGCCUUUUAUAAGGUCUUCUUUGAGAAAAUGAAAGAUUCACAGCAAGAAAUAAAAUCCACUGUAACAGUGAAUACGUCAGAUAUUGCUGCCAAGGCACAUGAAAACAAGCAGGAUGUUAAUUUGGAAUUGGAUAAAAUAGCGCGAAAACACGGAGUUAAAAGUAAUGGUGUCGUCAUCACCGACGAGCUGAAAAAGGAGUUACACAAUGCGGGCCUCGCAACAGCACGCGCUUACGGCAACGCACGCAGCAUUCAUCCGGGUGAUGAAAAUUCUGCGAUCAGCAUUAACAGUCCGCUGGAAGACAUACUCGCUGAGAAGCUGGAAAAGCACAAAGACAGCAAGGAGGACCGCAAUAAGAUAUCGAAUAAAGUAUUGGUCAUGCAACCGAUUCUACGUUUCCUGCAGCUGCUUUGUGAGAAUCAUAACCCCGACCUGCAGAAUUUGUUGCGCAAUCAAAACAACAAAACCAAUUACAAUCUCGUCUCUGAAACCUUAAUGUUCUUGGAUUGCAUCUGUGGUUCGACUACCGGUGGCCUCGGUUUGCUCGGUCUCUACAUCAACGAAAACAAUGUGGCGCUCAUCAACCAAACAUUGGAAACACUCACCGAAUACUGUCAAGGACCAUGUCACGAGAAUCAAAAUUGCAUAGCAACGCACGAGUCAAACGGACUGGAUAUCAUAACGGCGCUUAUACUUAACAACAUCAAUCCGUUGGGUGAAAACCGCAUGGAUCUCGUUUUGGAGCUGAAGAAUAACGCCUCUAAACUGUUGUUGGCCAUUAUGGAAAGCCGUGGCGAUAGCGAGAAUGCUGAACGCAUUUUGUAUAAUAUGAAUCCAAAACAGUUGGUGGAAGUCGCUUGCAAGGCCUACCACCAAGAGGAAAUGAUCGAUGAGAAUGAUGAUCACGAUGGUGCCGAUGCAGAGUCGGAUGAUGAUGCGUCGGUAAGUCCGCGAGAAGUGGGCCAUAACAUUUACAUACUUUGCCACCAGUUGGCACAGCAUAACAAGGAGUUGGCAGCGCUGUUGAAGGCAUGUGAAGAUCCCCAAGCGUCCAACUUCGAUGCCAAGAUGAGUCAAGCUCUAAUGUAUUAUGCGACUCACACGGCACAAAUUGAGAUCGUACGUAAUGAUCGCACUUUGGAGCAGAUCGUUUUUCCGAUACCCGAAAUUUGCGAAUACUUGACGACUGAUACGAAAAUCAAAAUUUUAAAUACAGCUGAACGAGAUGAUCAAGGCUCGAAAGUGGCUGAUUUCUUUGAUAAAGCCGAGGAGAUGUUCAACGAAAUGAAAUGGCAAAAGAAGUUGAGAGGUCAGCCGUUUCUCUUCUGGGUUAGCAGUUACAUGUCACUAUGGAGCAAUAUACUGUUUAAUUGUGUGGUUGUCAUUAAUUUAAUUGUUGCAUUCUUUUAUCCUUUCGACAACACUGUACCAGAACUCAGCUCACAUAUAUCCCUACUCUUCUGGGCCAUACUCCUCUUCUCCCUCGCUAUUGUUGUGACGCUACCACGCGAGUCAGGCAUACGUACUUUAAUUGGUUCCGUGAUAUUGCGCUCCAUCUUUUUAAUUGGACCUGAGUCAACGCUCUGCCUGUUGGGGGUUGUGACUGUAACCUUAAAAAGCGUGCAUAUUGUGAGCAUAAUGGGUAAUAAUGGCACGCUGGAAAAGAACUUCUUCAAAAUAAUCACAGACAUGCAGCUACUCUAUCAUUGUAUAUAUAUGUUCUUCUGCUUUUGUGGUCUCAUUUUUCAUCCCUUCUUCUAUUCACUGCUGCUUUUCGAUGUUGUCUACCGCGAAGAAACUCUGGUUAAUGUCAUACGCUCCGUCACACGCAACGGUCGUUCGAUCGUUCUGACUGCCGUCUUGGCUUUGAUUUUGGUUUAUCUCUUCUCGAUUAUCGGUUAUAUAUUCUUUAAGGAUGAUUUCCUCGUCGAGGUGGAUGCCGAUGAGUCUCAAAUGCUCACGACAACGACUCCGCUUGCAGAUAUUACCAUAUCGAAGCCGACUAAUGACGCUGACAGCACUUGUAAUGCGCCGGAUGCAUUUAAUAAAGGCAGCUUUACGGGUGAUAGCAACAAUGCUGAGACGGCUACUUCUACGCCCGCGGCUACUGGUGCCGGUUGUGGAGGAGAUGAAAAAGAACGUUCGUGUGACUCGUUGGUGAUGUGCAUUGUGACAACUUUGAAUCAGGGUUUGCGGAAUGGUGGUGGUAUUGGUGAUAUUCUGCGCUCGCCAUCCAGUAAGGAAAGUCUCUUCGCCGCACGUGUUAUUUACGAUUUGCUCUUCUUCUUCAUUGUCAUCAUUAUUGUACUCAAUUUAAUUUUCGGUGUCAUCAUCGAUACUUUUGCCGAUUUGAGAAGUGAGAAGCAGCAAAAGGAGCUCAUCCUCAAGAACACCUGCUUCAUUUGCGGCCUGAAUCGUUCGGCAUUCGACAACAAAACCGUUAGCUUUGAGGAGCACAUCAAAAGCGAACACAAUAUGUGGCAUUAUCUGUACUUCAUAGUGUUAGUCAAGGUGAAAGAUCCAACAGAGUUUACUGGACCGGAAAGCUACGUAUACGCAAUGGUGAAAGCAGGCAUAUUAGACUGGUUCCCACGCCUGCGCGCCAUGUCACUAGCCGCCAUUGAUGCGGAUGGCGAGCAAAUUGAACUGCGUAGCAUGCAAGCGCAACUUCUGGAGACACAACUGCUCAUCACAAGCUUAUCGCAGCAACUGCACGAGCUCAAGGAUCACAUGACGGAACAGCGUAAGCAAAAGCAACGCCUAGGACUGCUCAAUACAGCGCCAAGUAAUCUGCUGGCAUGCUACCAGUUGCGCGAUGCGAAUAGUAUGUCCUAAAUGGAUGCUGUCCGCGGCAGUGUACGAGCGCCGUAGACAAUUAACAAAAUAAGGAAUUGUGGCAUUUCAAAUGGUUUCCUUUGGAUUUUGAUUUUGAUUUCAAUUUGAUUAGCAUUUUCAUGCAGUAAGUUGGGUGUAGUUAUUAUAAUUAAGUAUAAGAGAAGCAAUCAAAAAUUGUGCAUAUUUAAUAUUAAUAUAAUAAUUAGAAGAAAAAAUCUGCAUAUAAUGCUAUAAUUGCAAUAUUGAUGGAACAUAAAUUUACUUGCUCACUCGAAAACGAACAAAUGUUUGAAAACUUAAAACUUGUAAUAUUUGUAAUGGUGUGUGAAAUAGUAGUACGUUGAAUUGUAAUUGAUUCUCAAUUAUAUUUUGUAGUGAACAUUGAAAUCUGCACAAUUUCCUACUCGAAACGCCCUAGCACUUAGAAGUGUGACGAACGAAUACAAAAUUUAGGUUUAAACUAAAUUUAACUUAUUUUAUUAGAUUACAUGUCGUUUUCAGAGGUCUCGUAGUUCGUUGUGCAUUAAUUGGUGUAAUUUCAUAUUUUUUUAGUUUUGCGUGCUCUUACCUGCUCUGCUGUUGUCUCGAAGCUAUCUCUAACAUUAUUUCAUCAUUCUCAUACACUUUGCAGUUACAUUUGUGAUAAUUGUUGUUUUUUUUUUUAUAUUUAAUUUUUAUGUACGAAGUAUGUGCGCUAACGCACUUCCUUACAUAACAAUGUGCAUUCAAACUACAUACAAAUAUACAUGCAAACAUUCAAAGUGUACAAUUCUUACAAACAUACUAUAUACAUAUACUAUGCCAACAAAUAUAAUAUAUAUUUACUACGUAUACAAUUGUAUCUCAACUUUUUGAACAUCUCAACUAUUGUGAAAGUAAACUCUCUCUACUAAAAUGUGAUCUUUCCCAUUUAUUUGUAUUAACAAAUUUUCCAAUAAUCACACUAUGUGUCCUUCCCAAGUCUUUACUACUCAAAGUAUACAAAUUUUGUAACUUACUUCUGUGGUUUCUACUCUUUUAUUAUUUUACAUAAGAACAUCUUUAACUGCAAAUUUUAUAGUUUUUUGACAAUUUUCAAAGUACUUUAAAAUUAGUGUAGAACUGUAGUUUACUGUAAACUUAUAGAGACUAAUUUUUAGCUCAAUUAAUAUUAAAUGUAUUGAUUAAAUUACAAAC